UCGUGACGUAUGAGGGGCGGAGUUUAACAGGCAGCUCGAAAAGACGCUACGCAGCAUCAGAAGUUUGAUUCAGUCAGUUCGUGAAGUUUGUGUGAUUUAGAAGUCAUGGCUACGGUGUGUGUAAAAAGCGUUUUGAUCAGUGAAAGCGUCGAUCCGUGUUGUAAAACGAUCCUGCAGGAAAACGGCAUAGAAGUGACGGAGAAACAUCCGAUGAGUAAAGAGGAGUUGAUGGCAGAGAUUCAGAAAUAUGAUGGUUUAGUUGUCCGAUCUGCCACCAAAGUCACGGCUGACGUCAUCAACGCUGGAAGUAAGCUGAAGGUCAUUGGACGGGCCGGAACCGGAGUUGACAAUGUGGAUGUGGAUGCAGCAACUAAAAGAGGAAUCAUUGUGAUGAACACUCCCAAUGGAAACACCAUCAGUGCUGCUGAACUGACUUGUGCUCUUAUCAUGAGCUUGUCAAGACAUAUUCCACAGGCUGCUAUGUCAAUGAAGGAUGGAAAAUGGGAUCGUAAAAAGUUCAUGGGCACUGAGCUCUACGGCAAAGUUCUCGGAAUCGUGGGGCUCGGAAGAAUCGGCAAAGAGGUGGCGACAAGAAUGCAGUCGUUCGGCAUGAGGACAAUUGGUUACGACCCCAUAACCCCUCCGGAUGUUUCUGCCGGCUGGGGGGUGGAGCAGAUGUCUCUGGAGCAGCUUUGGCCGCAGUGUGACUACAUCACGGUCCACACUCCCCUCAUGCCCGCCACCACAGGUCUCCUCAACGAUGACUCGUUUGCCAAAUGUAAGAAAGGUGUGAAGGUGGUCAACUGUGCUCGUGGGGGGAUCAUCGAUGAAGCCGCUCUGCUCCGGGCUCUGGAGUCAGGACAGUGUGGAGGAGCGGGCCUGGAUGUAUUCGUGGAGGAGCCUCCAAAAGAUCGGACUCUGCUGAAUCACCCGAACGCCAUCAGCUGUCCUCAUCUGGGCGCCAGCACUAAAGAAGCUCAGGCCAGAUGUGGGAGGGACAUCGCUCUACAGAUUGUGGAUGUGGUCAGAGGAAAGGCUUUAGUGGGAGCUGUGAACGCUCAGGUGUUGGCCGGGACGUUCUCUCCGGGCUCUCAUCAGUGGAUCAGAUUGGGAGAAUCUCUGGGUGGAGUGUUGAAGGCCUGCGCGGCUUCUAAAGCACCGUACAGUCACGUCCAUGUUACAUCACUCGGAGAAUGCUUGAAGAUGUCCACUGGGUUUCUGAGUUCAGCAGCUGUUGUUGGUCUUCUAAGUGAAAGUCCUCAGAAUGGACCCAACCUGGUGAACGCUGUACCCCUCGCAGCAGAGACGGGAAUUACGGUGAAGACGUCUCAUGAGGAGUCUGGUGUUCGGGCGGCCUGUGCGGUGGAGGUCUGGAUGAACAGCAUUCGCUAUAAAGCCGUCGGGUCGGUACAGGCGGGUGUCCCGGUGCUGUUGGAGCUGAAUGAAAGCGUGUUUCGACAGCCCGUUCCUCUGAGCGGACAUUUGAUCUUCUUCAAGGCUACGACUUCCAGUGAACUCCUGCUCUCUGUAACCGGAGUUUUGGCUGCUGCGGGUGUGGAACCGGAGUCGUUCAGUGCCUCUACUGCCGCCAGUGGCGAUCAGUGGUACUGCAUGGGACUCUCAUCACUGCUGCCUGAUAUUGGUGCUUUAACGUCUUUGGUUAAAGAAGUUGUACAGCUCACUGUCUGAAUAUCUGUGAAGAAUCCUGAUGAAAAUCACUUUACAUUCCAGUAUCUAAAGCUCCAGCCGGCUUAAGUUGAAUGCAUUGCAUUAAUCUGUGUUUAAAGUUCUCUAGUUACUAAACCACUUGUCUGUAUUACAGAAAUGUGAAUGUGCAUUAAAACUUGAACAGCUAGUAGCGGUUCGCACAUCAGUUUUUGUUUGCGUUCCACAAGACAUGUGCCAUUUGUGUUCCUCAUAUACACGUGUGUAAUAGAUUAACGGUGUUUGAUUACUGCUUGGUGGUAGUGUAGAUGUUUACUUAAUAAAUCAACUAAAUAUACACACAUUUGUCUUUUUCAUCAUGCUGUGUUAACAAAUAUAAUGAUUAUAAUUUUGUGUAUUUAUGUUUACAUUUUAGUUUACAGUGUAAUUUUAAAAAGCUUGUGUCAGGUUAUGCUCCUGUUAACAAGAAUUCUUUACAUCAAAGCGUUCGUGUGUCACUGACAGAUAAAGUGCCAUUGUUUAUAAAUGAUUUUCUUCUUAAAUGUUUGAUUUGUUCAACAUUCCUAAACUUCCAUGUGUGUUAUUUCACAGAGAUAAUGUCUUUCUUUACUAAUAUUUCUUUACACAUGAAAAUGUAGACAAUGAAAAGUACGUUC